UCCUUAUCGAUCAUAUUGAUACCUUAUCAAUCCCUUUACGAAAGAACGCUAACGAGUUCGGUCGCGUUGAUCGACCAGUGUUUCUCAAAUCAAAUGACUGAUUCACUUGAGGAAAUAUCUCAAGCUAAAUCAGGUAGAUCUACAUAUAUGCAUUACGCAUAUCAGUUUUAUCGGAGUCUUGAUAAAACUGUGUCUUUUAGUCAUUGCGAUAUAAGAGUCGUAUCGUGUUACACAUCCAAUUACUGCUAAUAUAAAUAUUAUGCGUUUGUACCCUUCUGUUGUACUGAAUGGCAAUGAUGAUUGGAGCAUGGAUUACACUCGCUGCGCAUAGGAUCGCUCGGUUAACUUGGUAAACUGCCUGGUCUGCCUGAGAACUUAGUGUGCUGUUUCCUUUGAUCGUAUAAACACGCAUCUGUCGGUUCGACGAUUUAUCGCCCAAAGAACAAAGAAGAUAUCCCAGUCCGAGACUUUACUCAUCAAAUACGUUCUCUAGAGGAUAUACAUAUAUUCUCUUUUCCAUCGACCCGGCUUCUCCCCCUUAAUAACUCGCGGCUAUUUUGGUGCUGCGUGCAUCGCAACAUGGAAUACAACGACACCCUACUCAUACCGGGUCAACGUAUACGUCCGCCCGUGACCGAGGAAAUAGCAGUCGCUCUGUUAGAGCGGCUCUACGGCAUGAGGGUGACGAGCAUGCGCGAAUUAAAUGCUUACGAUGAUCGUAACUACCACGUGCUGUGCGAGGAGACGCAUGUGAAUCCGCAUGUUACUAGCAUAGAAAGGGCUGGUUACGUCCUCAAGAUAACCAACUCCUUGGAUUCCCGGAAGACGGACAUUCUUGAGGCGCAGACCGAGUUAAUGAUUUUUCUUAAUCAGCGCAACAUCUGCUGUUCAUUACCAGUCAAGAAUGUCAGCGGCGCCUACUUUUCUCUUGAAAAUUUAAAGAGCGACAAUACCAUGGAGAAAUACGCCGUGAAAUUACUGGUCUACCGUCCCGGUGAGAUAAUGCGUAACGUGAAGACGACUGAAGAGCUAUUACGCAAGGUCGGAAACUUUGCCGCCAAGAUUGACGAGAUCCUCGUGGGUUUCAAUCAUCCAGCCUAUGACAACCAUAAAACAUUGUGGAUGUUAACUUCGGUGCCUCGCGUACAACAGUUUACAUAUGCGAUCAAGAGCUCAUUAGAUAAGCAAUUGGUGCAUGAUGUGAUUGUUACUUUCCAAAAAGAAGUGCUGCCGAUCACGGAUCAACUGGAGCAAGGGGUCAUACAUGGUGACUUGAAUGAGUAUAAUAUUAUUAUAAGUCCCGAUAGCGAGGAAAUUGCCGCCGUGAUCGAUUUUGGAGAUUGUCACAGAACUUGUCGUGUUUUCGAGUUGGCUGUAGUCCUCUGUUACAUGAUCUUGCAAGCGGCUAACGUAGGAAUGGGCAGACACGUUAUAGAGGGUUACGAGAAGUUCAGAAAGUUGACCGAUACGGAGAAGAAAAUUCUCAAGAUCAGCGUAUGCGCCAGGAUGUGUCAGAGUUUGGUAAUGGGCGCUUACUCGUAUUUGCAUGAUCCUGAAAAUCAAUAUAUACUGAGCACGCAGAAAACCGGAUGGACGUUGUUGAAGAGACUGUGGCCCAUGAGCCAAAAGGAUGUGAUGCAAGCCUGGGGAUUGGUCAGUCCCUAAACGCGAAUAUUGAACGACGAUAUUACGACCCUUUGAAUUAUGAAUUAUUAUUAUUGAAUUAUAUUCUCGCAUAUAAUAGAAAAAUGCAAUGCAUAACUGCGCGUUGCAUUUUAGUAUGUUUUAAUUAAUUUAGAUAUUUUUUAGACAACAAUGAUGAUUAAAGAAUUUGAGAGAUAAAAUUAUUAGAUUAG